AUGACGACAUUAGCCAUCUUGUAUCUUUGUCUGUUGCUUUGUGCCAGCCUACACGCAUGCAAGCGCCCUCACCGGCAUCGCACAACUUCCCAGCUUGUCAGCUUGGCUCUUAUCGUGAUGCCCUCAUUCAACCCAACGCUACUAGAUUCUGUUCACUUUCAGAUCUUGACUUAUUAUCAGCAUUCUGGAUUAAUGAUAGACCUUCGAGAACCUGAAUAUUGUUGUGCUGUUUUUGACUAUUUUUUAUAUUUGACUGACAUUGACUUUUCCCAUGAUGAACAGAGGAUAAGUCUUGAUUUUGCAUCCAUCAUAUUUCGCCAUGAAUCUCAAAAGAUCGCUCAUAUUCCCCGCCUGAUCUGCAAUUUUAACCCUGUCUCUUCAGCUGAUCCGGUGGAAUUAGAACAUCUUUAA